AUGGGCGACAUCACUUGUGGAAUCUACAGACGAUCGGUGAACUGGCGAGGGUACAUUUUAUCUUGCCAUCUGGUCGCCAAAAGCCUAAUUGGGGGCAGCGCUGCUUGGGGCGCCAGUCCAAUUGAAGCCGACGAUGGUCCUGCCGUCUGGAUCGCCAAGUGCCUCUCUCAAACGCUGACCGGUUCACAACUUCUCCCCCGCGCCCCUUUGACGAGGUACCGCUGCGCCGGCCGGGCUUUGGCGCAGUGUCCGCAAACAGCCGCCGAUACGCAUUGGACGUUGGGCCCGAUUCUGCGGGAAGAGCAAAUGCCUCGAUCCGAUCCCACUCGGACGGCAAGAGAGGCUGUUUCACAAGCCAGCCUAAUCAUCUGUUCGCAGACCCACCCUAUUUGGCCGACAGCGCCUGGGGUCGAGAUACAGACUCAACUGUCGGCAUUUGAGCCAGCCGCCGAGGAGAGAGCGCCUCAACUCGCCCUUGCCAAUCCCACCCUUCACACGCACCGACCAGGCUCCGUGGGACUUCAACCUCACUCGCAAAAAGCCAAAUUGACCAACGUCUCUAUCAGAUGA